CACAUCCCUGAAAACUGAAAAGCAUCCCCUUAUUUUUUGCCCCAAAGAAAGGGAAUAAAAAAAGAGGUUUAAAAAGGAGGAAUUUUCAAAAAAGACACAACAAAAAAAAAAACCUUCAUUUGUUCUGUGCUGUCUAGUAGUAACGUUUGCUACUACUACCACCACUUUGAAGAGGUUGUGUCUCUUCUCAUAAAAAACAAUGUCUACAAACAUGGCGAUGAUCCUCACUUUGGUGAUUUUUUUACUCUUUGCUCAACCCUCUACCUCAAGUCGUGUAUAUGGAGCAAACUUGGCAGGAGGCAAGACCAUAUCAACAAGCAUAGAGGUUGGAAGAUUUGGGAAUAAUGGAGCUGAUCCUAGUGUUGGAAGAGUAGUAGAAGAUUCAACAAGAAAAGUCCCAACGGGACCUGACCCUCUUCAUCACAACAACAACCCUUUACGCCCUUAAUUAAAGUUAGCUACUAAUUUUUUAUUAAGUAAAAGCUUAACUUUGUUAUAUAUCUCUCUUUG